UUCGUGUGAUCAUUCAGUUUUUGCAGGGCGGUGUGUUGUUUAAGUUGAAGAUGGGCCGGUACGCGCGUGAGCCGGAUAAUGCCACCAAAAGCUGCAAAGCACGAGGUUCCAACCUGCGUGUUCAUUUUAAGAACACUCGUGAAACAGCUCAGGCCAUCAAGAAAAUGCCCCUGCAUAGAGCUCUGAAAUACCUGAAGAACGUUGUAGCCCACAAGGAAUGUGUUCCCUUUCGUCGAUUCAACGGCGGUGUGGGAAGAUGUGCCCAGGCGAAAGCAUGGAAUACUACUCAAGGUCGAUGGCCGAAGAAAUCAGCGGAAUUUCUUCUUCAGCUUCUAAAAAAUGCGGAAUCCAACGCAUAUUACAAAGGACUUGAGAGAGAUCAUCUCGUCAUAGACCAUAUUCAAGUUAAUCGUGCUCCGAAAAUGAGAAGAAGGACGUAUCGUGCGCACGGUCGAAUUAAUCCGUACAUGUCCAGCCCGUGCCACAUCGAAGUUAUUUUGACUGAGAAGGAGCAAGUUGUUGCGAAGCCUGAAGCAGACGACGCCUCCAAGAAGAAAGUUUCGAAGAAGAAGUUGGCUCGUCAAAAGCUGAUGCAGCGGGAAUGAUGUUUUUAAGUUGUCAUCCGUAAGACGAUGGGGAAUUAAAGUUCGACGUACAGAUGA